CCAAUAGAGGGCGCUGUGUACACUUCACUCGCUAGACAUAGGGGAUUCAUACAGGACACAGCAUUCAGAGUUGUCGCGGUUUAUAUGUAUCCAGCCAUGUCGAUGUAUAAUUAAUUUAUUGCCACUUCGAACCUGUUCGCAUUUGUAUAUUUAAGUCUCCUGAACGGAAACAAAUUACUUAAGGACUUGUGAAGAAAGCGAAUAUCUGGGAGUGUAGCAUCUGCGGCUAUCCGACAAACCGCCUCAAAUCUGUCAGCCUGUCUUUAUUUGUACUCCUGUUUUAGGCCAUUUUCCGGCACAGCGUGGCUGUAAAGCUUUGUUUGUUUAACUGAUUUCUUUAACAUUAACCGUAUCACCCAAGAAAGCUGUUUUUCCACGUAUAUUUAUCGCGAAGGCUCUCGAGGCCGCGGAGCGACACUGUUAGCAUCUCGCUCGCAAGUCGGCUAAAGGAAAACUGAACGGUUAUUUUCAUAUCUUAGGAAUUUUGUGGACUUCUAACUGAAUCCCCGAGAGCUGGACUCCUAAACCGACCCACAUCGCUUGAGGAUUUAUCGUGUUCCUCUGAGGAUUCUCCACCUCUGUGUUGAUAUAUCGAGGAAGCGACGGUUAGCUGCUUCCGGCGAGCUGGCGACACCGCUCAUUUCAGGAUAAACUAAACUCUCUGCCUCCUGUCCUCGAGGUGUGAGUGAGCCAGACUUCUUGUUUUGUGGCAGUUCAGGACAGGGCUGUCAGUUUUCAGUCAACGAUGUCAGAAGAAGGAAAACAGACUGCCGCACCCACCCCUGCAUCCACAAUGGAUGCGAAGUCUGAGUCUGCAGCCUCACCACCUACCGGCCAGGGGGUCUCCUCAGUGUCUCCCCCAGUUUCCACUGUAACACAACCUGCUCCAUCGGCAACUGAGGAUGAGGAGGAGGAAAGUGAAGAUGAAUCAGAGAUUCUGGAGGAAAGCCCCUGUGGGCGCUGGCAGAAACGGAGAGAAGAGGUUAACCAGCGCAAUGUACCAGGUAUCGACAAUGCUUACCUUGCCAUGGACACAGAGGAGGGUGUGGAGGUUGUGUGGAAUGAGGUCAUGUUUUCUGAGCGGAAGAACUUCAAACUACAGGAGGAAAAAGUGAAAGCAGUGUUUGAUAACCUAAUCCAGCUGGAGCAUGUGAAUAUAGUGAAGUUUCACAAGUAUUGGGCAGAUGUGAAGGAGAACAGAGCCAGGGUUAUUUUCAUCACAGAGUACAUGUCCUCUGGGAGCCUAAAGCAGUUUCUAAAAAAGACAAAGAAAAAUCACAAGACCAUGAAUGAAAAGGCAUGGAAACGAUGGUGCACUCAGAUAUUAUCUGCCUUAAGCUAUCUGCAUUCAUGUGAACCUCCCAUCAUCCACGGAAACCUGACCUGUGACACCAUCUUCAUACAGCACAAUGGGCUCAUCAAAAUUGGCUCAGUGGCCCCAGACACCAUUAAUAACCACGUCAAAACAUGUCGAGAGGAACAAAAGAGUUUGCACUUCUUUGCUCCAGAGUAUGGAGCUGUUGCCAGUGUCACUACAGCCGUGGACAUUUAUUCUUUUGGAAUGUGCGCCUUAGAGAUGGCUGUUCUGGAAAUCCAAAGUAAUGGAGAGUCAUCAUACGUGUCACAAGAAGCCAUUAACAGUGCCAUCCAGUCUCUGGAGGACCCACUUCAGAGAGAGUUCAUUCAGAAGUGUCUUGAAGUCGACCCCAGUAAAAGGCCCACAGCCAGAGAGCUGCUUUUCCACCAAGCUUUGUUUGAAGUGCCUCUUUUGAAACUCCUGGCUGCACACUGUAUCGUCAGUCACCAGCACAUGAUCCCUGAAAAUGCUUUAGAGGAAAUGACGAAGAACAUGGACCCUAACCAGGUGAUCAUGGAAAGGAAAGAGGUCCAGCUAAAACUCUCACAGUUUCCUGCCUUGGAGCUUGACAAGUUCCUUGAAGAUGUGAGGAAUGGAAUCUAUCCGUUGACAGCUUUUGGCAUGCCCUGCCCACAGCAGCCUCAGCAAGAAGCUGUCAAGUCCCCCAUCGUGCCACCCUCUGUCAAGACGCCCACGCCUGAGCCUGCAGAACUGGAGACCAGGAAGGUUGUACAAAUGCAGUGCAAUAUCGAGCCUGUGGAGGAAGGAGCAAAGCAUCAUCUGACCUUAUUGCUAAAACUGGAAGAUAAGCUGAACCGACACUUGAGUUGUGAUUUGGCACCAAAUGAGAAUGUACAGGAGUUGGCUGUGGAACUGGUCCAGCUUGGCUUCAUUAGUGAGGGGGAUCAACCACGUCUUACGACUGUGCUGGAGGAGGCCUUCUCAAAAUUCUACAGUCGUAAUGGCACUCUGAAUCCAGUCACCGUUUCUUCGUAGCAGAGGGUGGAAUCUGCCUGCUCCUCUCCACCAUCUUUUAUCUUCAUGCAUGGGAUAGGACUCUAGUGCAAGCUUGGUGGGGAGGGAUCAAAAGGCCUUGAACUGAGCCUCAACAAGAAAACGACCCCUGCACUCUGUUCUUCACACCACUUUAGGUGGUGGAAAGUGUUUGCUGAUGGGUCCCGUGUACAUUUAUUCUGUCAGUGUAGCAGUCUGCUUCUCUGUUUUAAAAGAAGAAAAAAAAAAAUUACUCUGUUAUUAUUUAAGUCAGUAUUACAAGCUGUAUUUUUGAAAAAUUUUGCUUACCACAUGUGUGGGAUCGGUUACUUUUGGUUUGCACUUCAGCAAAUUCUUUUUGUUGUCUCUCUAGACACAUCUCGUGCAUUUGGCAUAUAACCGUUUUCAUUUGGUUUCUGAUUCUCCCUUAACCGUUCUUCCUUGUCAGAGGAAUGAUUUAUAAUUUUAAUGAGUUAUUUUGAAAUGACCAAAUAGCAUAGGCUUUACUGUUCAUUUGGGGUUAACUUUAAUCUACGAUACAAGAUCCACGAAGACUGUGAAAGGAAGGGGUUCUCAGAACAUUGAAAAAAGCAAGCAGAUUAUUUAUCUAUAUGCGUAUGGUCUAUCUUUAAGCCUUUUUCACUUUCCACUCUGGUGGCUUUUUUUUUUUUUUCUGUGAAUGUAUGCUGUAAUUUUUCAUUUGAAUGGUUUCUAAGAUAAGAGCUCUUGAUUUGUCUUUUUUUCCCUGUAUGUGACACAAUUAGGAGUUUCAGUAUAAAGAUAUUAUAGAUCUACAAUGCACCAAAUGUGUUUAAUAUGUGCCUUCAACAAAGACACAAUCAAUCUAUGUUCAAAGGACCCAUAGACAGAAGAACACAUUAUAUUAUUAUUUUUUCAUUGUGCAGAUCCUGUAGUGGUUUUUUUUUUUUUUUUUUUUUUUUUUUUUAAUCCAG